AUGACACUGCUUUUAAAUGUACAGUGCAAAUGGGGCCCUAGUGUAAACCUAAGAUCUCCUUUGGCAGAGAAAGUGUGUCAGUCUGAGACAGAACGGCUGGUCAGAUCUGACAUUCCAAACCGACCUCUGGAUGUCCUGAGACCUUCCGGGGUCCAUUUGCUUGAACUGAGCCGAGCGCGGCUGAAGGCCGGAAAGCCGCUAAGCUGGACCACUGGCGCCGGGCCUGACCUUUACAGCAGCGAACGAAUAGGAAAGCCAACGCACAGAGGAGGCGAAGAGAGCAGGCAGGCGCCACGCCACCUCCGCCGCUCUCUGAUCCCUCCCCGACUGCUUCGCCAUUGGAUUCUCGAGCGGAUGAGGAGGAGGAACACGGAGUCUCUCCCGUCCAGCUUCUCCUCCUCUCCAGGAUUGGCGCAUGCCCGGCAGGGCCUGUGUCUGAUCUGCCCGGCAGAUCUUGGGGCGUCGCCAAGUGAAAGGCCAGCCUCUUUACCCCGACUCUUCUCCGGGUUCAGGCGGAGGUGGCCGCCACUGUUCUCCUCUCCUGGGUUGUCGGGAGCAGCUCAGCGUCUCGCCGCGAUGCCUGUAGGUGCGUCCCCCUCCGCUAAAUCGCGAUACAACCUGGUGGAUGACAGGCACGAUCUGCGCAUCCCGCUACACAACGACGACGCCUUCCAGCACGGCAUCGGUUUCGAAGCCAAGUUUUCCUCCGUCGUGUGCAGCUGCUCCACAUUUUGUUUCCAUCACAACUGCUUUUGUGAUUCAUAUAUUGGCAGCCUAGAUGUGCCCCGGCCAAACAGCAGGGUGGAGAUUGUGACUGCCAUGAGACGUAUCAGGUAUGAGUUCAAAGCCAAAAGUAUAAAGAAGAAGAAGGUUAAUCUAAUGGUGUCUGUAGAUGGUGUGAAAGUGGUGCUGAAGAAGAAGAGGAAAAAGAAGAAAGAGUGGGACCGGGAUGAGAGCAAACUGCUGGUGAUGCAUGACCCAAUCUACAGGAUAUUCUAUGUGUCUCAUGAUUCCCAGGACCUGAAGAUCUUCAGUUACAUUGCCAGGGAUGGCUCCAGCAACAUCUUUCGCUGCAAUGUCUUCAAGUCCAAGAAGAAGAGUCAGGCCAUGCGCAUUGUCCGAACUGUGGGCCAAGCAUUUGAGGUCUGCCACAAGCUCAGCCUACAACAUACUCACCAGAAUGCUGAUGGUCAAGAGGACAGUCAGAGUGAGAAGGGCAGUGAAGACUUAGAGGCACCAGCCUGUGUUCUGCCAGAAGUUGAGCCUGUCAGCACUGCUGAGGAAACGGACAUUGAUGCUGUGGACAUUGGGCUGACAGGGAGCAACCACUUGGAGUUCAACAGGGGAGUGACAGACCUUGAUGCUGUCGGCAGAGAGUCCCCUGGCCUGCUUUGUGCCAAGGGCUUGCUUCAUAAAGAUAAUAUCCUGACAGCUUCUCCCACGAUGCUGCUCCCUUCUUCUGCCCAGUUGCCUGAUCCUGUGGUCCCUCUGUCUGCUCACCACCAAAUGCAAUUUCUGCAGCAGCUCUUGCAGCAGCAGCAGCAGCAGACUGAAGUGGCUGUGGGCCAGGUGCAUUUGCUGAAGGACCAGCUAGCAACAGAGGCAGCUGCCCGCCUUGAGGCCCAGGCCCGAGUGCACCAGCUCUUGCUGCAGAAUAAGGAUCUCCUCCAGCACAUUUCACUUCUGGUAAAGCAGGUGAAGGAAUUGGAGACAAAGCUGUUGGGAUCCAACACCAUGGGUUCUCAAGACAGCUUGCUGGAAAUCACCUAUCGCCCAGGUGCCCUGCCUGUUCUGUGUGACCCCACCACCCCUAUGCCUGAGGAUACUCGCCCGCUCCAGCUUAACCACGGCUUCUCCAAUGCUGCCAGCCCCUUAGAUAGGGACGUAGUUGGGCCACCAACCGAAGUUGAUAGAAGGCACUCCGUGCCACCGAGGCUACCUGAGCCUCACGUGACAGAGAUGAUUCUAGGAGAACCCCCAAGCUACGAACCUGCUCCUUCAGGGGGAGUGCAACCCCAUCCCCGACAGGUUGGACAUCCACCAUGCGGUCAGAAGAACCACCCACUAGCAACAUCUCAGUCUUGUCUGGAUUGAGCCUCAGUUUAUUAGCCCUCAUCCAGUCCAUUGUCGCAGCCAGGCACCGGUUCAGCACAUUGACAGCCUCACCUGAAGAAGAUGAAAAGGAGAAAUAGAGUUGCAUGUUAUCAGCAUACUGAUGGCAACGCACUCCAAAGCUCCAGAUGACCGCACCCAAUGGUUUCAUGUAGAUGUUGAACAGCAUGGGGGACAGAACUGACCCCUGUGGAACCCCAUACUGGAGAGUCCAGGGUGCCGAGCAACGUUCCCCAAGUACCACCUUCUGGAGGCGACCUGCCAAGUAGGAGUGGAACCACCGCAAUGCAGUACCUCCCACUCCCAACUCAGCCAGUCUCCCCAGAAGGAUACCAUGGUCGAUGGUAUCGAAAGCCGCUGAGAGAUCAAGGAGAAUCAACAGAGUCACACUCCCCCUGUCUCUCUCCUGACAAAGGUCAUCAUACCAAGGCUGUUUCCGUGCCAAAGCCAGGCCUGAAACCCGACUGAAAUGGAUCCAGAUAAUUGGUCUCAUCCAAGAGUGUCUGGAGCUGGCACGCAACCACUCGUUCCAGGACCUUGCCCAGGAAUGGAACAUUUGCUACCGACCUAUAGUUAUUAAGAUUUUCUGGGUCCAGGGAGGGUCUCUUCAGGAGUGGUCUCAUGACCACCUCUUUCAGGCAGCCAGGGAGCACCCCCUCUCGCAGAGAGGCAUUAAUCACUUCCCUGGCCCAGCCGGCUGUUCCAUCCCUGCUAGCUUUUAUUAGCCAAGAAGGGCAAGGAUCCAGCACAGAAGUGGUUGCACAAACCUGUUUAAGCACCUUGUCAACGUCCUCAAGCUAUACCAACUGAAACUCAUCCAAGAAAUCGGGACAAGGCUGUGCUCUGGAUACCUCACUUGAUUCACCUGCUAUAACACUGGAGUCUAAGUCCUGGCAGAUGCGAAAGAUUUUAUCCUGGAAGUGCCUAGCAAAUUCAUUACAGUGGGCCUCAGAUGGUUCUAUCCUGUCCCUGGGGCCAGAGUGUAAUAGCCUCCAGACAAUUCUGAAGAGCUCUGCUGGGCGGCAGAUUGAUGAUUUGAUAGUGGCAGCAAAAUAUUGUUUUUUUGCUGCCCUCACUGCCCCUAAAUACAGCUUACCAUAGGUACUUACCAGUGUAUAAUUGCAUCCACCAGGAGUUCGCCUCCAUCUGCACUCAAGCCGUCUCCUAUAUUGUUUCAUCACUCUCAGCUCUGGGGUAUACCAUGGAGCCGUACGAGCUCUACACAGGAGAGGGCGCUCAGGAGCAAUCAUGUCAUCUGCCCAGGUCAUUUCUGUAUUCCACAGCUCAACCAGGGUUUCGACAGGAACGCCAGCCCUAUCAGCCAGAAAACUCCUCAGAGCCCUUUGGAAACCAUCCGGAUCCAUUAGUCUCUGGGGGCGGACCAACUUAAUAGGUCCCCCAUCCUUGGAGAGGGGAAAAGCCACUGUAAGUCUAAACUUCAGCAAGCAGUGAUCUGUCCAUGACAGAGGGACUGAUGUAAGGCCCCCCCACAUUCAGAUCACCAACUCCAUGUCCAGAUGCAAAAAACAAGGCUAGAGUAUGCCCUGCUACAUGUGUUGGGCCAAUGGCAUAUUGGGACAGUCCCAUGGUUGUCAUGGAGACCAUGAAAUCCUGAGCUGCCCCGGAUAAGGUGGCCUCAGCAUGGAUGUUGACAUCCCCCAGAACCAACAGUCUGGGGAUCUCAACAGUACACCCGAGACCACUUCCGUCAGCUCAGCUAGGGAGUCUGUUGGUCAGCGGGAUGGGCGGUACACCAACAGAAUUCCCAGUCUGUCCCACUGACCCAACAUAAGGUGCAAACUCUCCAGACCAGUAGUCACAUGGACAGGGUGCUUGCAGAGGGAGAUGGAGCUCCUAUAGACCACAGCAACCCCCCUCCCCGACCCUCAGGUCUACGGUGAUGCUGAACUAGGUACCCUGGUGGACAUAGCUGGGAGAGACUGGACUCCCCCCUGCUCACCCACCCAGGUCUCGGUUAUACAUACCAGAUCGGCUGCCUCAUCCACAAUUAAAUCGUGAAUGAGGGAGAUCUUAUUAUGCACCGAUCUGGCAUUUAGCAGCAGCAUCCGGAGGCCUGAGAGCUGGCUGAUAGGGCAACCAACAAACCUGCGGGUGUGGGGAGGACCGGAACAAGGCACAGCCAUUAACUGCCUGGGCCGCGUUCCCCUUACCUGGCAAGUCCUCCUCACAACGCCAUAUCUCCCUCUGCCCGUCACUACACUAAUUGGGGGGCCCUCAAAUUUCCCCACUUGGCUCCGAGUCCUCUCUCCCAGGCACAUGACUCAAGACCCAGAAAAAGGCAGACAAAGCAGGAGCCACCUCAGCCAGCCGGCUUAUGUAUUCCCUCCAGAGAAGGGACAGGUGGAAGAAAUCAGCCACAGCUGGCUGAGUACCUGGGGCCUGGUCCUGCAAGGCGUGACACCUGCCGAGCAGAAGUCCAACCGGGAAAGGGUGGUGGUAGCCGAGCAGCAGCAGCAGCAAAUAGGCGGCGGCGGCAGAAGCAGCAGCAAACGGCUCUCCUUCCCUGGACAGUGGUGGUCCCCUUUCUCCUGUAGGCACUGGGUCAUAAAAAAUAUGCCACCAUUGCACCACAAAAAAAUUGGUACUGGGUGUAAAUCUUAGCAUAUUGGGAAACUCAAGUUAUUUUUAGACCUUAAGGCUGAAAAAAUGGGCAUGAAAGAGAGUGGGCAGUGCUUGGUGAAAUCUGAAAAGCCACAAGUGAGAGUGAGCAGGUGUAGUUUUGGUGCCCUGCAUAACUCUUUGACCCUCCCCAUAACUAUUGGAAACGGGAUAAAUUAUGCAACUCUAUUAAGUACAUGCAAGUUUCCCUAAUUUGCAUAAUGUAUACAGGUGGCAGAAGUCAGAGGGGGUUUUGACUUUGGCACAAAAUUGCAUUGUGUGUGUUGUAGGGUGGAUUUAAUGUAAGUACACAAUCCUGCUGUUAGCCAAAACUUUCCAACUUGCUGCCUUCAGUAUUUAGGAUUGUCCCUGUUUAGCUUCCAGACAGGAACAAUAGCCUUAAGUUUGUGCAAACCUAUGAAAGAAAGAGUUUAAUUAUGACCUGAGUUGUCUGUGGAGAAAUCAUCCAACCUUGGUUGAGAUUUGUCUUUAAACUAUGGACCUGGUCAUUUCUCAUGUAAUGUUUGAAUAUCAUUCACCUUCUUGAAAUGCUGGUUCCUAAUUCCAGAAGUGCAACUGUAUUAUUUUGUCAUAGCUGUGGCAUCUAGAUCUGACCUGUGUGUUUUCAGGGCUCUUUACAUCCCCCUUCAUGGGUAACUGCAGUAACAUAGAAGCAGGUUCCUCACUUGCCUGCAGACUGUGUGUGAAGAAUGCAACCAGGUGGGUAAGACCAAUUCCAUGGGUGUCUUACAUAUGACAGGUUCCUUCUCUUGCAACUUGGUUCUGAUUGUAGAGCAAAGAUUCUACCCACAUAGCUGCAUUCUUCACAUGCAGCUUGCAGCCACAUGGUAUCACAGCACAGGGAAGCAACUCCCAUGGUGCUGUGGCUACACACAAAGGGGGCCUCUGUGUGUGAAGCAGGCUGUUGCCUCUGAAAGCUCAGGCCAUAGUGAAUCUGGUUCUCUGGUACCACAUGUGCAGUGCUGCAUCUGUGUUAGUCCCAAUGAGCUCUGUGAGGAGAAUAGGAGUCUCCUAACAACCCUCAGCACCCUUCACAAACUACAGUUCCCAGCAUUCUUUGAGGGAAGCCAUGACUGUUUCAAGUGAAAUAAUAGUGGAAUAAAUGUAUGGUGUGAAUAUGGCCCCAAAGUGUAAGAUACCAGAUACAUUUCCAAAUUAUGAUGACUACACUUUAUUACGAUUGGUUGCCAGCAGCAACAGGGCCUAGCCCUCCCUCCAACUCAUGCCCUUACCAGACCAGUAGCUGGAGCAAGGAUGGUGCAGGAAUCGCUGCCUUCUUACACAUACUUCCUCACUCCCCUGAAGAAGAAGAAUGUGCUCUGAAGCAUUUUUGCUCCAUUUGACCUUUCCUUAGAUGUUCUAAAUGUUUGACUUAUCUGACUUAUGUUCUGCUUUCCUGCUAUUAUUAUGGACUUUGUCAUAAUUUAAUCAGUAGACCAUCCCGUAGGCUUGUGAGGAGUGAUCACUUCCAUACUGGUGAGAUAAAGCACUAAUGGAAGAUAUACAGUUAAUAUUUGCCAGAGUACUCUGUGUCCUUCCAAGGAUUUGCUUGCAAACACUAGUUACAGGAUGUGUUAGGAGAUGCCUGCAGUGAUGAACAUGGAAAGAUGCAUAUAACUACACAGGGAGGUGUGUUGCCUUUAGUGUUCAAAGGUGGGCUGCUGUGCAGUUUUUUCUCAUUAAGCUAAUUAGAUUUUUUUGUAUUCUUUGUGUGAUUUUCAUGCAUUUAUGUGAUUGGAAAACUUUUGAAGAUAAUUGGGGAAGGGAUCUCUUGAACAGCAGUUUUCACACAAUGUCCAUAAGGUUCUAAACAUUUUCACCUGAUUCUCCAGUGUUACAUGAGCAGCACUGGAGGUUAUGGAUAUCAAAGGUGGCCUGUAAGAUGGGAGGGCAGCACUUAAGCUUCUCUAUGGUAAGUGAGGGACUGGGAUAGAAGCGUGGCUGGCAACACAGUGGCUCUGAGGGCAGGGAUAAGCAGCAAGGAGUAGCUCUGUGGGGCAAACAUUGGGCUGGCCUAACCUGAGGGGAAUGCUUGAGGAGAAACAGAGAAGGACAGGCUGAGGAAGACAAGACUUCCUUUUGUGCCUGUGAUGGUCCAGUUUUCUGCCCUUGCCUUCUGCUAUCAUUUUUGGUUCAGUUGAAAGAAUUGCAGUGUGAUACACCAUUGAACAAGCUGUGUAACUGUGAACUCCCUGUGAGAUCCAGACCUGAUCCUGGUUUCAUAUCCUUGUUUGGAGAGAACCUUUAAACCACUGUUUCCUGAUUUGGAUGUCACAGGAAAUGGUGGUUUAAGAAAACAAGAUAGCUUUGCUGAAGUUUCACGAGAGAAGAGAGGAAGAAAGGGGGGGGUAAAGAGAGAGCAUGUGGGUACAUGGCUCAUUCUUAAGCUGAUAAACCACGGUUCAUCUGACCAGGAUUGUUGCUUCUGAAUCAGGGCUAUGUCUGCCCCAUAGCAGGCCAGUUUGAAGCCAAAUUAUCUAUCCUAAGGAAGUCAGGCCCAUUUUUGAUCAGCAACUCGCUUUUCAGGGAUGCAACUCAGGGAGAAAGUGCCUUCAGAAUAAAUUGGGAGGAGGGCUGAUUUCCCCACCCCCAUUCUUUACACUGCUGGUCUUCUUGAGACAUAGGAAGGGAGCAGCAGAAUUUCUUCUGUAUUUUGACAAUAGUGACUAAGAUGGCAUGAGAGGAGGUUAACUGCUAUUCCCAACACGUGCUCGGUAUUUCUCAUGUCAGGCCCUGAUGUGGAAAAGUAAUCUCAGACCCUUGCUGAGGACAAGAGGAAGUGCGGAUAUGAAGAGCUAGAAUAUCUGAAAUGAAUGUUUUAGAGAUGGAAAGGGUGUUGUAGGUUGAAUGGAUGGAGAAGCACAUGUUAGAUGAUAUGGAGAGACACUAGCAAGGUGAGACCUGGAAGCUGCAGCACCCAGAGCAGAGAUGCCAGCAUUGGCAGAUGCCUUAGGCAAGGAAAUAUAAUUCAGAAUGGAAGCCACCUACACAGUUUGGCAGUAUCCCUUUUAGUAGUUUGUGGGGUAUUGUACAGUGUCAGCCCCACCACUCUCACAGCAGCAGACGGUUAUUACAAUGAGUCCCAGGGGACGGUCUGCUCUUUGGUGGUCUUCCUGGGGAUUCUGGAAUUCCUCUGUAUUUAUACCACAUUCUGCAGUUUUGGUUUUCUUCUCUCCUUUAAAAGAACAGUGAUUGUUCUGGAAUAAUUUUCUAUGUAAGUGCACUUAACCCCAAUGUG